AUGAGUAAUCCAGGGGGCGCAGUCAUCUCAGCAGAACAAUUGAAAGCUCGGUAUAUCGGAACAGGUCAUGCGGAUAUGAGCAAAUAUGAUUGGGUGACGAAUCAACAUCGGGAUACCUAUGCCAGCCAUGUGGCCCACUACGAUCAGCUUUCCUAUUAUGCUGUAGCCCAAAAUGAAUCGAUUGGCCGGGUCCGCCUACAGUUUUUGGACAAGAUGAUUCAACCGUGUGGACCACCACCUCCCACAAAAGAUGUUGACAAGAUGUUGGAGAAUGAGGAUUAA